GAGCCAGAGGAUGGAUCCAAACUCUGGCUUGCUUUCUCCUCUGUCCCGGGCCUGUUCCCACCUGGCAGAACCCUGUAUGGAAGGUGAAAGAAGCCCAGCCCCCCGAGAGCAAGGCGGAGACCCCCACUUUCCCUGGAGCCCUGUCCCCAGCUCUAGCUUUGCUGACCCUGACUGGUUUUGCGAUGAGAACAUCCAAGCAAAGAGGGCCAGAGUGGAGACCAUUGUCCAAGGCAUGUGCCUCUCUCUUAAUGCUCUGGUGCCAGGCAAUGCCCAAGCCAGGGACAGUCCGUAUUGCCCAGAGAAGGCCCAGGAGCGGAAGAGGAAGCAGAGCCUUCCCACGCAGCAAGGCCCUCUGAAGCCAGGCCCUGUCGGAGACCAUGGCAGCGGGAAAGGGGGCCCUCGGGUAAGAGAACAGCUCUAUCAGCUGAAGCAACAGCUAAGGCAUUUGCAAAAGCACAUCUUGCAGGCUGCUGAGCCCAGGGACGCAGCUCAGGAUCCAGGAGGCUCUGAGAUGGACAAGGGCCCUCUAAGCGUAAAGCAGAGGAAGGGCUACGGAUCUAGGCCCUGGGCUGUGGACAGUGAUCACCACCAUCAGGGUUCCCGUGGGGACCUCUCCCAGAAAGAAAAACACAGAGCGUCUGAAGUCGAAUACCAGUCUGAGGAGCCCAGGUUCCUUCCUUGUGGAGCACAGGAUUUGCUGGAGAUUCUGAGGAAAGAAUUGACCGGGGCCGUGUCCCAAGCUGUGGACUCAGUAUUACAAAAGGUACUCUUGGAUCCACCGGGCCACCUGACCCAGCUGGGUAGAAGCUUCCAGGGGCUUGUGCCAGAGGGUAGCAGUGAGCCCUCGCCUCCUGAGAGAGGUAUCUGUAAAGAUCUGUUUCCUUUUGCCACCUUGCCCAGGAGGGCCCAGCCACAGACUGGGGUCCUGUUGCGAAACUUAUCAUUGGCCAACCCUCUAGAUCCUCCUAGGUACCCUGUCUCUUCAAGAAUGAUCCCCAGACCCUAUCAGGGUCGGCCAGCAAACUGUCCUCUGACUGUGCCUUCCCACAUCCAAGAAAAUCAGAUUCUUAGCCAGCUACUGAGUCAUGGACCCAGUGACCACUGGGAUAGCAGUCUUCCCCAAGAUUCAUCUUCCCAAAGUCACUCCUCCCCAGAGUCUGCCCUGCGACCUUGGGGAGCAGUCAAAUUGCGACCGUCGGUUCUGAGCCAACAGCAGUACCCCUUGCCCUUCACUUCCCCUGGUUUGGAAAGACUGCCCCUUCUUCCCUCGGUGAAGGUGGAACAGGGCGGCCUGCAGUGUGCCCCGGAUGUGCUUCCAUUUUCUUCAGUCCACAUCCAGGAGGGCCUAAAUCCUGGUCACUUGAAGAAGGCCAAACUCAUGUUUUUCUUCACACGCUACCCCAGCUCCAACCUGCUGAAGGCUUAUUUCCCUGAUGUCCAGUUCAACCGCUGCAUUACCUCCCAGAUGAUCAAGUGGUUCAGCAACUUUCGUGAGUUUUAUUACAUCCAAAUGGAAAAAUUUGCCCGGCAAGCGAUUUCAGAUGGUGUCACAAAUCCCAAAAUGCUGGUGGUACUCCGAGACUCAGAACUUUUUCGAGCUCUCAAUAUGCACUAUAACAAAGGAAAUGACUUUGAGGUCCCGGAUUGCUUCUUGGAAAUCGCCAGCUUGACGUUACAGGAGUUCUUCAGGGCUGUCUCCGCAGGGAAAGACUCAGAUCCUUCCUGGAAGAAACCCAUUUAUAAAAUUAUUUCGAAACUGGACAGUGACAUCCCAGAGAUAUUCAAAUCUUCCAGCUACCCCCAGGAGCUGUUUCGGAAUUAAGAUCUCACAAAG